GCAGAGACAGAGAGGGAGAGGGAGAGUUCAAUGGAGCAUGCAACAGCAGCAGCAGCAAAUGGAUCAGGAGGCGGCUUCCAUGGCUACCGCAGCAGCUCUAACAGGCCCCCCACCACUCCACCUUCUUCAGGAGUAGUGAAGCUGCUGGCGGAGAUCAACAACAACCACCACCACCACUACACCACCACCAACAACAACAACUCCUCCUCGGCCGUCGAUGUGACGGAGGAGUGCACAGUGAGGGAGCAGGACAGGUUCAUGCCGAUCGCCAACGUGAUCCGGAUCAUGCGGAAGAUCCUCCCCCAGCACGCCAAGAUCUCCGACGACGCCAAGGAGACGAUCCAGGAGUGCGUGUCGGAGUACAUCAGCUUCGUCACCAGCGAGGCCAACGAGCGGUGCCAGAGGGAGCAGCGCAAGACCAUCACUGCCGAGGACGUCCUCUUCGCCAUGAGCAAGCUCGGGUUCGACGACUACAUCGAGCCCCUCACAGUCUACCUCCACCGCUACCGCGAGCUCGAGGGCGACCGUGCUGGGGCCGCCUCUGCAGCUGCAGCCUCUUCGGCGCUCGGGCUGAAGAGGAGCAGCAGCAAUGGGAAUGGAUCAGGUGGUUUCAUGAUGGAGUAUCUGGGGGGAUCGUCAGGGUAUGGAACUGCAUCGUUCCAUUCCCACCACCACCACCACCACGCACACUCUCGUCACCCUGCUGGCAACGGGUUUUACAGCGGGGCCAAUGUGGGGAGCUCGUCGUCGCAGUCAUCGUCUCCGCGUGGCAAUGGGUCCGCGAGCAAUGGGGAACAUCGCCAUCCAAUUUUCGGUCACCGUGAUCAGAAAUGAGAGCGGCGAUGGAGGUGGUAUGGCCUGGAGAUGGGGAGGGUGAAGCUCUGUGGACUAGCUAGCUAGACAGUUUACUUGUGCUGACGUGGUGGCAUUGUUUUGCCUCCUUUUAACUUUCUCUGCUAAUUUUGGGGUGGACUGAACUCGGUGUGUGAUGGAUGAAGUAAACAUAUCCUGCAUCGACAUUUUGCUCCUUGUGCUUGCUUAUGGAUUUUGCUUCCUAUUCCCUCGAUGAAUGCAAUGUGUUGGUUCCUUGUGUUAGAGAUAUA